AUGACAGAAAGACGCUCUAGACCCGGCACAGCAGACUGCGUGGUAGUGGCAGUGGAGCAUAAUGGCGAGGCUGCGAAGGCCGCGCCCGUGCUGGCGUGGAGGCACCUGAAGGUCGCCACCAAGGCUGGCUCGCGCGUGCUGCUACAAGACCUCACCGGGGCCAUCGAUGGCGGCUUCAACUGCAUCAUGGGCCCCAGCGGCAGCGGCAAGAGCACGCUGCUCAACGCGCUCAGCCUCCGCCUGGACCCGGGGAUGACUCAGACCGGCGAGAUGCGCAUCAACGGCAUGGCUUACAGCAACUCUGACCUGAAGCUGUCGUGCGGCUACGACGACCUGCUCAACGCCAACCUGACUGUCGAGGAGACCCUGCGCUACACAGCGCGGCUGAGGUGCCCCCCUGGCUUCUCAGAGCAGCAGCGCCAGGAGGUGCGCGCCCAGACGCCGCAGUGGCCAGGCCGGGUUUGA